UGAUAAAAAACGAGAUAUACUUUUACCGAAAUUGUAAGCCCUAUCAUAAAUAUUCAAUUCAGUCGACGACAAUAAGAGAUACCGAAGAAUGUAAAAUAUGGCAGGAGUGCGAAGAUGCAUUCGAUCUGUUGAAACGUUUGCAAGUGUUAUCGUCGACCAUAGGAUUUGUGAGUCUUUCGACAACGUCACAGCAAAUGUUAUGCUUAAACGAGUGUCAUAUCAACGAAUAUUUUGAGAAGUACAGAAAAAGUAAUCUAGUCAAACAGCACACCAUAACGUGUGUUACGGAGUUGAAAAGGAAUAUGAGUGAUAUACACGGGGUCAGUUGUCUGGUAAUAGCAACCACCGACAUGAUCAGYAUACUCGAUACUGAAUCGUUUAAAAUUCUACCCGAUAAAUAUGAGUUACAGGGCGAAACAGCGUAUAUGUCUACUACUGGGCUGUACGACGUUGACUAUAAGAUCCUUGUAGCUACAAGAACAGGUCGGCUUUACAUUUUUUCUAAAUCUUCGACGAGCGGCUUUAAAGUCGAAACGACACAUGCCAUUGUAGCCAUUAUACUACGUAUUGACAAGUUCAUCUGUUGCACUAUAGAUGGACUUUUACAGUGUUAUACGCUAAAGUGUGUGUCUUUGUGGAACGUUAAGUUACCGGGAGAUCCUAUGUCAAUGGUGAACAUGUACGUGCAAAGUAUGUCACUUGAGAUGACAGUUGUAUCGUGCAACGUGAUCAACGCUGAUGGACACUCCAGAGGAUUAGUUCUCAUGUAUUGCGGUUCGACGAUAAUCCACAGGAUUUCCAUGCCGGAUCCAGUGACUUGCAUCACGUUUGGGAAAUUUGGACAAGAAGAAAAUGCUCUGAUCAUGAUUACUACUAACGGAAAAGUAGACAUAAAACUCUUGAAACGAACAGCGACGUUCGAUUUGAGUGUUCGUCCUAUGUUGACGGCACACAUCCAAGGUAACUUGAACAUACCCAAAAGAAGUAAUGUAUUCAUAGAACAGACUUUACGAGAGAGAGAACACUGUAAGGAAAUACAUAUACGAACUCAACAAACAUGGCAACUACUGCAAAUUGUAGUAUCAAACGAACGAUUGAAUUCGAUCAAACAAAAAGUUACAAGCCAAUUUUUACACACGUCUGCUCAACUUUUAGGUUUGGGUCCUCGUUUCAAAAUCCGUUUCUUUUUAAAAAAUUUGGGUAAAGAACCUUUGAUGGGCAUCAACGUCGCGUUUUUAUAUAACGCUCAGUAUCAUAGUAUAGAAUCACCUAGCUGCAGGGUGCCAAUAAUUGUUCCGGGAACGGAAAUCUAUUGUGAGACAUUCGUUGCUUGUUGCACGUACGGAGGUUCCGACGACCGAGCAAUAGAUAUCAUAGUUAACCGAGGAACCAACGUGAUAUAUAGAGCAAAAGUAAACAUGCCAGUUUUCAAUAUUCAAACCAAUGAUCUUGGUGAGGAUUUAAACGAUAUUAAGUCAUAAUAGAGUCUCAAAUAACUAGUGUUAUAUGAUCUAUAAGAGUCUCACUUCGGCAUUUUACAAAUUUGAUUGUGUAAUGGAAUGGCCAAUAAUCC